AUGGGAGUACCUGUGAAGAAACCGGAUCCCUUCCAUUCUUUCAUUGCGGGUGGUGUUGCCGGCGCAAUUGAAUGUGUAGCUACGUAUCCAUUGGAAUAUGCGAAAACUCGGUUACAACUAGUUGAAAAAUCAAACAAGAUGCCAAGGAAUCCGUUAGUGCUUAUCUCCACGGUUGCGAGAACACAAGGAGUAAGUGCAGUGUAUGUUGGUUGCCCUGCAAUUGUCGUUGGAAAUACAGCCAAAGUCUCUGUGCGGUUUCUUGGAUUCGGAUGCGUCAAAAGAGCCCUAGUUGAUAAAGAUGGUAAGCUAUCUGGUCCAGGGGGUGUUAUUGCUGGUCUCAGUGCUGGUUUGUUAGGAAGUGUGGCGGUCACACCGGCGGAAGCAAUUAAGACAGCCAAGAUUGAUGAUAAGCAAAGUUUGAAACCAAAAUAUCAAGAUGGCGUGUGUGGAACAUUUCGUCUAAUCAAAGAUAUAGGGGUUAAGGGUUUGUAUUCUGGUUUACUACCAGUGGCCAUGAGACUAGGCGCAGACUCUGCAGUUCGGUUUGGAUCAUAUUUAAAAAUGAAAGGAGCUUUACAGGACUGGAGCAAUACCCCAAGAGAUAAGCCAUUAAGCUCGGGUAUGACUUUCCUAUUGGGUGCAUUUGCUGGUGUUGUGACUGUAUACACAACCAUGCCAAUUGAUACAGUGAAAACAAGGAUGCAAUCUCUUGAUGCCAGUAAACAAUACUCAAGUACUUUGGAUUGUUUCGUUAAGAUUUUCAAAAAUGAAGGCGUAAUGACAUUUUGGAGAGGAGCAACGCCUAGAUUGGGAAGAUUUAUUUUGAGUAGCGGCAUCAUUAUCACAAGUUAUGAAAAAAUGCUAGUUAUUCUUGCUUAG